AGCUGAUUAUGUUUGAAUUUUCUGGGACUACAGGAGAAAGAUUUCGAAAUAUUGAUAUUUGUGGAUUUUUAAAUCAUUUAAUCCCAUUUUAUGAUUUAAGAUUAACUUCCUCUCCUUACGGAAUCAAGGAAAAAAUGUGAUUCAAUUCAAAACACUAGAAUUAUUCAAAAAAACAUAUAAUUAUGCAUAUGAAGCAGUGUAGAAGUUAUAUUUAUGAUAGUUAUUCUAAAAAUAUCUUCUUACACUGUUGAGGUGAAUUAUAACAGGUAUAUGUAUUCAAAAAUAUACCUCAGUGAAGUGCAAGGUGACUUGUGAAAAGGAUAUCAGGAUUUGAGUUCUUAUCGAACAGCAGGUCGAUACAGCUGAAAAUGAAGAAUCCCAAAGAGAAUAUUCCUGCAGGUUCUAUUUUACUCUCAGAGAAACCUUUCGUCUACUGUCUUAGCUCGAAAGUGAGAACAGAAAAUUGUGACUUUUGUUUCAAAAAAGGUAUGCUGUUGAAAUGCACUGCUUGUCAGUAUGUUUACUACUGCGGCAAAGCAUGCCAGAAGGAAGGAUGGUCAGUUCAUAAGGCGGAAUGUAGGAAUCUCAAAAGAAUUGCUCCAAGGAUAAUUCCUGAUGCUGCUAGAAUGUUGGCAAGAUUGGUUAGAAGGCUACACAAAAAUGGAAAUCAAGUUAGAUCUUACUACUCGGAAAUGAAUUUCAGAAUGUAUAAGGAUUUGAUGUCUCAUUAUCCAGACAUGAAAAAUGAUGCAAAGAGAAUGGAGCAUUUCCAAAGUCUGCUGGUUGUAUUGGAAGAAUUCAUGAAAGAAGAGAUCCUUCCAAAUCCAGUUGACCUCAUGGGUAUGUUUGGUAGGAUGUGCAUCAACAGUUUCAAUAUAUGCAAUGAAGAACAGCAAAUUUUGGGAACUGGAAUCUACCUAGGGGCAUCAAUAUUGGACCAUUCUUGCGAGCCAAAUGCUGUGGCGAUAUUUGAAGGUACUACUAUCCACAUCAGAGCAUUAAAAACAAUGCAGUAUUUGAAUUGGUCUGAGGUAUUCAUAAGCUAUAUCGACAUCUUAAAUACAACGAAAGAUAGGAUAGAAGACCUGAAAAGGGUUUACUACUUCACUUGCCAAUGUCAGAAAUGUUUGACACCAGAUCCAAAAGAAAUGUUGGCUGCCUGUUGUCCCAAUACCAACUGUGAUAAUGCAAUAACUCCAGAUGGAGAACAAAACUGUUCAAAGUGUGGAGAACACAUAAAUGAAGAAUUUUUGGUGAAAUUCCGGGAAGUUACUGAACUAACAGAUUUGCAUAUACAAAGAAUGAAGGAUCUAGCCUACUACGAUGCUUGUAAAAUAUGCUUGGAAAAGCAAGUUGGUGUGUUGCACAAAUCGAAUAUAAAACAUGUGAAAACUUUGGAUCUAACUUUUGAAAGUUGCAUAUGCCUAGGAAAAUUCGAAGAAGCAAUUAUUAUCGGUAAAAAACUGGAAGGGCCAUUUCAUAAAUAUUACGGCAAAUUUCACCCUUUAACUGGGUUGCUACAUCUCAAAAUGGGUAAAAUUUUGAUCCACCUGAAUAAUAUAGACGAAGGCAUGAAACAAGUAAAGAAUGCUUAUGAAAUAUUAAAGGUAACUCAUGGAAUUCAGAGUGGAAUAUUCAGGGAUGAACUGCUACCUCUACUAAGACAAUAUUGACGCAUUUUUGAUUUUGCUGUAGGAAAGAAUAGAUUUUUAGGCAAUUUUUUUGAAUUCAAUGGUUAUCAACCUUUGAAAAAUAUUUCCAAGACAUUUUUCCAUGUAGGCUUUCAUCAUAUAUUUUUCUACUUAAAAAAAUAAAAAUGUUUUUUACGCCUUAGUCUCGAAGAAGCUUUCUAGAUAUGAAGAUUGUGUUCAGUUUACAUUCAAUGUAAAACUCCCAUGUGAUAUAAUAAAAUGAUGUAAUUGAAAAAAUUAAAGCUUUAUUUAUUGGAUAAA